CGGAAAAAGUUGAGCGUCAGUCGUGCAAAAUCUGUCGUCGUGAACGGUUCGCAAAAUAUACGGUUACAUCUUGGAUGCAGUGCUAGCCAUUUUUUCUGCAAAUAUUUCCAGACGAGGGAGAGAGAUACUUCUUAUCUUCUGUGGUGGUGGUAGUGUUCUGGUGGUGCAAGAUAAGGUUGGACUUAUCCAAAUUUAUUGUGACAUCGGGAUUAUCUCUCUCCGUUGCGGAUUAAUACUAAUUGGAUAAAAAGUCUAACAAAAUGAGGUGGAGUACAGUAUUGUUUCUCGUCGUGGGAUGUCUCGUUGGUUUAGCAUGUGCCAAUCCGCUGAGCCGGUCACGUCGUCAGGCUACCUCCACCACGACGGAGAAGUCCACCACUGGAAAGAACGCGACGUCGGGGGAAGAUGACAUCGUCGACGUGCUGCGCGCCCUCAACUUGCCGGAUGACUUUGCCGACACGAAGAAACCCACGCCCACGACCACGACGGUAGGUACGACCCCGACGACCACGGCGAAAAGUAUUACGACCACUACGACUGCAUCCACGCCCAAAGCGGAAGCCAAGGUCGGGUCUGGAGACACGAAUAGCAUUGACUCCAGCCAGUCCCGUGUGGCGAGACAGUACUUCAUGACGGGAAACGCUAUGUUGGACAAGGUAAUGAAUUGUCCAUGUCAAAAGGAUCAACUCGACUCGAUGGGGGUGAACGGCGUGCCGUACAGUAAUCAGCCGAACCCCGCAAUUUACCGUGAUCCUCCCUACGGUCCGGACGCCCUCGGACCUGGCGAUGUGAUCGCGACGAAUUUAAAGUCUGUCGGAGGCACGACUGGAAACGUAUUCGGGCAGUUGAUCCGAUUGAUGUUGGGCUUACCAAAUUUGGCCUUGUCGCUUCUUAAACCGCUCGUCGUGGGGGCGGCAGAUACCUUGGCGCAAACGACGGACGCCGCAGCUGGAGUGACGCAACAGGCAGCGAAGACUUUGCCAGUGGCCGUCCGAUCUGGCGCCGUCGUCCUAAAGAAACUCCUCGAAACCGUCGGCGACGUGACUGGCGGACUUCUCCACGUCCUCUCCAACUUGGUCGCGUCCCUCGCCGCGGCCAAAACCUCGCUCUCCGGCACGCUCCCGUUCGCCUUCGACAUUCUCGGCGACGUGAGCGGCCGUGUGUCGCAAACCGUCGGCACGGCUGUCGACUGGGUGGCGGGAACGAAGGAAAUCUUGGCGUCGGGCGUCGUCCAGGCCGCAAAAACGGGCGGAAAUCUAUUCUCCGGUCUGGUCGAAGGGACCAAGGGCUUCUCCACCGGACUUCUGGAAGGAAUCAAGUACGGCGUCAAUGACGAAACGCCCCCUCCCUCCGAGCAAGCUUGGCGACGAUAGAAAAUAUUUAAAUAAAUAAUUAUGCCAAUAAUUAUGACGAUGAUGAUGCUGAGUUCCUUUCUAAUUUUUAAUUGUGAUUCGUACCCUACAAAUUAUGAAAUUAAUUACUAGUAUUUUGAAAUUAUUAUGGAUAUUUUUAUAAAAAUUGUAUUGAAAUUGAACAAGAACAUUUAUUUUUUCCUAAAUCAAAAAGUCUGGUUAUGCUAAAGUACAUAUAAAUUUAGAUAAGUAAUCGUUUAAGAAUGAUAAAGCCAUUGUAUUUUAGUAGCCAUUUAAUCGCCACAAUGAUGAUUAAUCCUUGUUCAUUGCUCAUUUUUUAGACCGUGCUAAAUAUGAUUAAUUUUAAUAAUGGAUAUCUAAAUAAUUAAAUGAGCUUAUCAUAAAAAUGUUUGUGAGCGGACGUGAAAGCGCAUGGAUUUCUAAAAUUUGUGUAGAAUUUCCGUAAAAUUUUUAGAAUUUUUAUUAAACAGCCUUCCAAUCUGAAAUUUCAAUCUGUUAAGUAAAUAAUUAGUUAAUGAGCGGCUGAUGAUAAAGAAAUUAACUACGAAUAGAGUUUAAUUAUCUUUUUGAUGAUGUGUGUGUGUGGUUAUCUGGUUGUGAAAAUAUGUGAACCCGUGUAAUGUGAUAUUUCAUAGUUUUUUGUUUCAUUUUGAAAAAAAUAAAACUAAAACGUGAAAACAUAGUUAGGAAAAAA